GUUGAUGGCAGAGAAGUCAUGUCUAUUAUAAGUGUCUAUAUAUUUAUUGUCUUUAUUAUUGUCUACAACGCCGUCAACGGUAUAAUAGAUGCUUCAAAUAACAGACAAUUGGAGACCAACGCGAGCGCAGAGUUGUUGUCAAAAGAUUCAGAAGAAUUAUUGCUCAGUGAAGUGAUUAAAAAAGUUGUCAAUCAAAUCACUGUUUUAGACUAUAAUUCUCAGACACAAACAAAGUUGUUGAAUGAGAUCAGCCGUAGUUUAGACCGAUUGGAGAGUCGUCGACAAGACAUCAUUACAACUAUUGAUCGAUCAGAAGUACGUCUAUCCCAUCGAUUGGAUGCUAUUAAAAGCGAUUUGGGAAAGACUAUAACAUUACAAGAAGUAAUUCGUGAUGACUUAGAUAAGUUGGAGAAACAACAAUUGGUAAGCAAGGCAUGGAUUUUGGAUCAAUUAAGAGGAUCGGUAGCUAAAAGAAAUGUAGUGUCAGAAGAAAGUGAAACUAAAAAUCCGCUAAAUAUUGUUAGUCCCGACAUAGAGGCCAACCUACAGGUUGUGCAAACAACUCUUAAUAGUCUUAAGAGAUCAAACAAUCAUAUUGAGGAACAAAUUGGUGACCUGUCUAAUAAUAUGUUGACACUUAUUAAUGAGACAACUGGYAUAGCAAAUCGUUCAAAAAGUUAUGUCGAGUCCAAGUCAUUCAACAGCGGUAUUCGCAAUGUUUUAGAAGAAAUGAAAAAAUUAGAAAAACCAAAUGUUUAUAUCAAGAAUUCAUUAUUAGAUCCAAAUAGUAGUACUAAUGGUAGCGAUUUUGCCAAAGAUUGCAAAGACAUUCAAGAAAAUGAAAAUUUUAAGAACUUAAGCGGAAUUUAUCGUAUAAAACCUAUUGGUUCUGAUGAACCACUUUUUGUCUUUUGCGAUAUGAAUACAGACGGCGGCGGAUGGACUUUGAUUCAUAAUCGAUACGACGGGACAGUCGACUUCUACCGGGAUUGGUAUGACUAUAAGUAUGGUUUUGGUAACAUAGCGUCCGAAUUUUGGUUAGGUCUCGAUCACAUCCAUCGCAUCACUUAUCAAGAUAUCUAUGAAUUGCGUAUCGAUUUGGAGGACUUUGAAGGCGAUAAAGCGUUUGCCAAAUAUAAUGCAUUUGCUAUCGGAUCACAAAAUGAAAAUUAUAUGCUUAAACUAUUGGGUAGUUAUGAGGGAGACGCAGGCGAUUCAAUGACCUAUCAUGUGUCGAUGCCAUUCACUACUAAAGACAACGACAAUGAUCCAAUGAUUGGGAGUAACUGUGCAAUUGAACAUACCGGUGCUUGGUGGUAUAACCAAUGCGAAACUGCUAAUCUUAAUGGACUAUAUUUGUCUGGAAUGUAUAGUAAAAUAUAUACGGGAAUGUAUUGGCAAGAUUGGCAGGGAUCUAGUUAUUCAUUGAAGAGGACUAACAUCAAAAUUAGACCAAUUCAUCACUAA